GGAGGAGGAGGAGAGCUCCUCUGUCACUUCACAGCCACACGUAGCAUUAGCAUUGUAGCUAGCUCUCCUUGCAGCCCGGGGUGCUUUUAACUGAUUAGCUAAAAUGUCAGCGAGGCUUAAGCUACACGCGGGGAUGUUUUAUUUGUAUCCUUGUUUUUUAAACCCAAGCCUCACUUCUAACCAGCUGUUCGUUUCUCAUUGUGCAGUGUUAGCAGGACAAGUUAGCUCCUCUGCCUGUUAGCUAGCAUGCCGUGUUGGCUAAUCAGCUCAACACAGCCUAGCACUGCCAGUCGUUUGACUUGGGUUUUCUGAAUGUAAAGACGACCAUACAUUACUCUACAGGUUGGGGUGAUGGAUACAACUGGGAUUAGCAUUUCUAAAAAUAUGUUGACUGUUUGAGAGGGUACUCGCUUCAUCCGUCCUCGGUGAACAUUUCUGGAGCAGCGCAAACAUUUCAGCUGUCUUCGACUGAAUUAAAACCAAAACAGCUUUCAAGUUCACCCUCAUUUGGAUUUAGCAUGUGUUAAAGCUACACGCCGAGCUAGUGAGAAGAAAGGGACACAUUCGUCAUGACCUUUUUAUGGCUGACUGGUCACUUCUACGCUGAGGUUCAUUGGUCCUGUUUUGUUUCCGGACUUACCAAAGCAGGGAUGAGAUAAUAGUCUACAACCAUACCUGUGGCACCUGUAGAACCCACCCCCCCCAAGUUUAUUUUGGCUUCAGCUGUCAGACCAUGACCACACCGGCUCUACUGCCCCUGUCGGGCCGCAGGAUACCCACUUUGUCGCCGGGUGCCUCCUCUUUCCCACACCACAGAGCGACAUUGAGGCUGUCGGAGAAGUUUAUCCUCCUCCUUAUUCUCAGUGCCUUCAUCACGUUAUGCUUUGGGGCCUUCUUUUUCCUCCCGGACAAUUCCAAGCACAAGCGCUUUGACCUGGGAUUGGAGGACGUACUCAUCCCACACAUUGACUCACCCAAAGAGGGGAAGCAUGGUUCGGGACAGGUGAUCAUACAUGGACAAGGAGGACAUGAUGAGAACAGACACAGGGAGGAAGAGGAGAGCUUACGUGACAAGAUUCGAGCAGACCAUGAGCGAGCUCUGCAGGAGGCGAAGGAGAAGCUGAGGAAGUCUCGUGAGGAGCUGCAGGCCGUGAUUCAGACGGAAAAGGCUAAAGUGAUUGAGGACCUAAAGAAGAAAGAAAUGGGACCUAAACCCUUACCACCCGUCCCCAUGCCCAAGGUGGUGGGCAUCAGUGACGGGGAGCCACCGGAGCUAGAUGUUAAAGAAAAACGGGACAAGAUCAGAGAGAUGAUGAAACACGCAUGGGACAGCUACAGACAGUACGGUUGGGGUCACAAUGAACUGAAACCCCUUGCUAAGAAAGGACAUUCCACAAAUAUCUUCGGUAACUCUCAGCUGGGAGCAUCCAUUGUGGAUGCCUUAGAUACUCUGUACAUCAUGGGUCUGCACGAGGAGUUCAAAGAYGGCCAAGAAUGGAUCGAACAGAAUCUGGACUUCAGUGUGAAUUCCGAGGUGUCUGUGUUUGAGGUCAACAUUCGGUUCAUCGGAGGAYUGUUGGCUGCAUACUACUUGUCUGGACAGGAAGUGUUCAAGGUGAAAGCGGUCCAACUGGCAGAGAAACUGCUUCCUGCCUUUAACACCCCCACUGGGAUCCCCUGGGCCAUGGUCAACCUUAAAAGUGGUGUUGGUCGUAACUGGGGUUGGGCAUCGGCAGGCAGCAGCAUCUUGGCUGAGUUUGGGACUCUCCACAUGGAGUUUGUUCACCUCACCUACCUGACAGGAAACCCUGUGUACUACCAGAAGGUCAUGCACAUCCGGAAGCUGCUUGCCAAAAUGGACCGACCCAACGGGCUCUACCCAAACUACCUGAAUCCUCGCACGGGCCGCUGGGGUCAACAUCACACCUCGCUCGGAGGAUUAGGGGACAGUUUUUAUGAGUACCUGCUAAAGGCGUGGCUCAUGUCUGACAAGACGGACUCAGAAGCUCGUAAGACCUACGAUGAUGCCAUCGAGGCCAUCGAGCGCCACCUCAUCCGAAAAUCUAACGGUGGUCUGACUUUCAUYGGUGAGUGGAAGAAUGGCCAUCUGGAAAGGAAGAUGGGCCACCUGGCCUGCUUCGCCGGUGGCAUGUUUGCUCUGGGAGCUGACGGCUCGCCGGACGACAAGGCCGGACACUAUCUGCAACUCGGAGCAGAGAUCGCCCACACCUGCCAUGAGUCCUAUGACAGGACAGUGCUGAAGCUCGGUCCGGAGGCGUUUAAGUUCGACAGCGGUCUGGAGGCGGUGGCUGUUCGGCAGAAUGAGAAGUACUACAUCCUGAGGCCAGAGGUCAUUGAGACGUACUGGUACAUGUGGAGGUUCACCCAYGAUCCCAAAUACAGGCAGUGGGGCUGGGAGGCAGCGCCAUUGAUAAAUACUGCCGUGUGAGUGGAGGUUUCUCAGGAGUGAAGGACGUGUACUCGUCCAGUCCGACCUACGAUGACGUGCAGCAGAGCUUCUUCCUGGCCGAGACGCUCAA